GUUUUUAAAUGAGCGAAAUAAAGAUUCCAAAUCUUAUUUGGAACAAGUGAUGCUGAAAUAGUUAUUUUUGUACUCGGGUUAUAAACCUUGAACAAAAAAAAUGUAAUGGCGAGUGUUAGUGUUGGCAAUUUCAAAGUAACCGUGAACAUAUCUCCCACAAGUACAAAAACGAAAACAUUUAUGAUCUCGGUAGAUAUUGAAGUUGCAGAACUGUGGAACCUAUGGAGUAUUACAGGAGAUUUUUGAAAGAAAACUGUCGUCCUGAUGGAAGAGAACUUGGUGAAUUCAGAACCACAACUGUCAACAUAGGUUCAAUUAGUACAGCAGAUGGUUCUGCUUUAGUGAAGCUGGGGAACACUACAGUAGUUUGUGGAGUUAAAGCGGAAUUUGCAGCACCACCAACAGAUGCCCCUGAUAAAGGAUAUGUUGUUCCUAAUGUGGAUCUACCACCCCUGUGUUCAUCGAGAUUUCGGUCUGGACCUCCUGGAGAAGAGGCCCAAGUAGCUAGCCAGUUCAUUGCAGACGUCAUUGAAAAUUCACAGAUAAUUCAGAAARAGGACUUGUGCAUUUCUUCAGGAAAGCUUGCUUGGGUUCUAUACUGUGAUCUCAUUUGCCUUGACUAUGAUGGAAACAUUUUGGAUGCCUGCACAUUUGCUUUAUUAGCAGCUUUAAAAAAUGUACAGUUGCCUGAAGUUACUAUAAAUGAAGAAACUGCUUUAGCAGAAGUUAAUUUAAAGAAGAAAAGUUGUUUGAAUAUUAGAACUCACCCUGUGGCAACUACCUUUGCUGUGUUUGAUGACACUUUGCUGAUAGUUGACCCUACUGGAGAAGAGGAGCAUUUGGCAACAGGAACCUUAACAAUAGUAAUGGAUGAGGAAGGCAGACUCUGUUGUCUUCAUAAACCAGGUGGCAGUGGACUCACUGGAGCUAAACUUCAGGACUGUAUGAGCCGUGCAGUUACAAGACACAAAGAAGUAAAAAAACUCAUGGAUGAAGUAAUUAAUAGUAUGAAACCCAAAUAAAAAGUCACAUAUUCCGAACAGAUUUGUAAAAACUAUAUUGUUACACUGUGCACAAACUUUUUAUACUAAAUAAAUAUCAAACUACAUUCUUCUGAAAGAUGUUUCUAGUAUUUCUUAGGCCACUUCCAUAUAUAUUAUGUACAGUGAAACCAUUUUUAAAAAGCAGUGACUUAGGCAAACCAACCCUGGUUCCUUAAGCCAUUUCCCCAUUUUUAUUUAAAAAUCAUAGGGUUGUGCUUCUGUAUAAAGUUUGUACAUCUAACAAUGUAAAAUACUGACACAUU